AUGGAGAUAAUAGAAACUCUUCCUUUUGAUGGGGCUGAAGUGACUAACACCAUUGGGUUUGCAGGAGGAAUUUGGUUGCUUUGGAGUUCAAAUGUGGUGCAUGUGGACAUCCUGGCAACAACUGAGCAGGAGAUUCAUGCUAUUAUUCGAGCACUUAUGGGAGAUUUUAAUGAGGUGCUCACUGAGGAGGAAAAAUCUGGUGGGAAUCCAGUUUGUUUGAGGAGAGUUAGAGCAAUUAAAGAGUGUAUGGAUGCUUGCCACGUGAUGGAUUUGGGUUUCUCAGGACCAAAAUUUACUUGGACAAAUAAGAGGGAGACUGGGGAUCUAAUUCAAUGCAGGCUAGACAGACCCUUUAGAUUUCAGUCCAUUUGGCUCAACCAUGAGGAAUUUCCUUUUGUGGUCAGGGCAGCUUCGGAAGGACAAGAUGUUGGGCUGAAGAGUGCGAUCUCGGAAUUUACUGUAAAGGCUCAAAGGUGGAACAAGGAGGUUUUUCGGAAUGUUUUUGUCAAGAAGAAGCAAAUUUUGGCCAGGCUACUGGGUACUCAGAAAGCCUUAGCUUCUAACCCUAACCCUUUUCUUAUUAACCUCCAGAAUCAAUUAUCUGAGGAGUAUAAUCUUAUUCUUCAAAUGGAGGAGGAAAUUUGGGCAGUGAAAGCAUGA